GUUGGGUAUAUAUAUCCUUUACCCGGUACGAAGAUUGAUUAGUCUAUCAGUCAAAUUUGUGCACGUCUGAUAAUAGCAACUUGGGAACGUACAACAGUUUGUGGAUGAGAUUGAAGGUAGUGAGCUGGAUGUUACAACUUGUCCUUUUUCUUUCGAGACAUUUCGUUUCUGUUGGUUCAUCCUCUCUUUGUUCUUUCAACCAGGUUCGACCUUGUGCAGUUGUUACGUUCAUGUCUGUGAAGUCUCGCAUUUCUUUACCUGUUGGUACGAAGUCUUUUUCUCUCGUUGUCGAAGGUCAUGACCAGUUAUAUUUUUUUGAAAAGAAAGCGUCUCAUGUUCAACUGAUGAGGAGAUUUCUGAUCACAUGGUGUUGGACUCAAAUCUACUGUCUUCGCCGCGUUCGAAAAUGGAUUGUAGGUCGAAGCUGUCAGAUGUAACGGAGAAGGUAAGACAUAAAAACAGUUGGAGUGGCUAACUUGGGAUCUGGCGCUACAUGCGUUGACAACCCCAGCUCACCUUUCAUCGGGCCGGAUGAAGGCAAUAGCACAGAUCUGAAUCUUACAUACCAAGGUUCGCCACUGCCGGACUCUUUUGCACAAUCAUGGCCUGAUCCCGUCCUUAAUCUUACACUCCUCAUCA